UUUGGAGGCAGAGUAGUAAACUUUAGGAACGUUUUCUGUGCAGACGAAGUAAUUUGCUGUUGACAGUUUAAUGUCAUGUUAGCUGGGAGGGUUCUUCAUCAAAAUAUCUUCGUAGCUGGUUUGAGGCUGAGUAAAGCUUUAUUAAAGCUUGAGGUGAACAGAAGACAUGCUGCAAUUUACAGAAAAUUUAUGUCUAUGCCAGGAAUGGGAGGAAAAAAGAGUAAAAAGAAAGAAUAUUAUGGGCGGAAGCUAGUAGGGUACUCGAUGGAACAGAUGUUCAACGUGGUGUCAGACGUGGAGAACUACACCAGUUUCGUCCCGUUCUGCAAGAAGUCGGACGUGUUCCUGAAGCUGCCCACGCGGAUGCGGGCAAACCUGGAGAUCGGCUUCCCGCCGGUCGUGGAACGCUACACCUCGGACGUCACCUUGGAGCGACCGACCCUGGUCCGGGCCGAGUGCACGGAGGGAAAGCUGUUCGACCACCUGCAGACCGUGUGGAAGUUCAGCCCCGGGAUGGCGGACAAUCAGCAAACCUGCAUCAUCGACUUCUUUGUGUCGUUCGAGUUCCGCUCCCUGCUGCACUCUCAACUCGCGCACUUCUUCUUCAACGAGCUGGUCCGCCAGAUGGAGAACGCCUUCAUCCAAGAGGUCGCCAACCGGUACGGGAAGGCGUCCGUGAAGAGCCGUAUGCUGAAGAAUGUUCACUUUAACUCGUGAUAGUAGACGUCUUUAGGUACCCAUUGGUUGUAUAGAGUUACAUAUUGAAUUAAUUGUACCAACAUGCAAGAUUUUAUUCAUAUGCCCUAAUUUAUUUCGAUGCAGCGACUAUUGAACAUGUUGUUCAACUAUGUGACAAGCGAAACAUGUUGCCAAUGAUCUUAAUUAAUCAGAUAAACGUAGAGAAGCUGUAAUUUUAAAGCUCUCUUGUUGCCAUUAUGCUUGUUAACUAUAAUGUGUGUGAUGAACUUAAUAUUUGGUUAAAAUUUAUAUUUAUAAUACAUUAAAAAAUUGUGAGUAAUAUGGGUGUGUCUGUAAAUUAAUAAUAAUGCUGAGUUGUUCAUAUGAAACCAGCAAAUGACAUUACCUAUAUCUUUUGAAUAUUUUGAAUGAAUAAAAUAUGCACAUAGUGUCAGUUCAAUAAUUAUAGUUAGGCUAAUUAUCAUCGUUAAAUUUAAGUUUCAAUUACUGAUAGUAACAUUUGAAGUCAAAAUUUCGUGAACCGGUGUCUUAUUUAAAUAUUGUGUUCCUACACUCUUACAUCAUCCAGUUAUCCUGAUUGAUACCCAUUUCCCAUGUUCAGUCAUUUUUUUCCUGACAAAAUGACAUAAAAAUAAUCAAGUAUAAGCAAUUAUUAUCAAAACACAUUUUAACAGCAUGUAACAUGUCAAAAUAACCAUAAAAUAUUUUUUUGCAGAAAACACAGUUUACACUGUUAUUUACAUCAAUGCUAAUCAACUAAUGCUGUCAAUUUGUGAUAUAAAUACAAACUUAUUUUAAGAUGUUAAAAGAAAAUUAAUAUUUAAAAUUAUUAAUCCAAGUUGGUAACUAACAUUUGGUGAAUUUCCCUGCCUUCCCAGGUUUUAAGGACACCUUUUCAAUUCCCUGAAUUGGUCUAUGCUGAAAGGGUUUUAGAAUCUAAGUGUAUGUUUAAAACAAAAUUGUUUUAAAAAAAAUUAUAUUUUAUAUCUCCAUGGCAACAUUAAUUUUGAACGUAUUAGCUUUUUUUUUUUAAAAAAAAAACUUUUUUUUUGGCAAACACAAUCUUGCUUUUUUUUAAUGAUUCCUUCACUGUUAACAAGUUUUACUUCAAACUCUCGACUAAAUGUCUUGCCAAAUUACCUAAUUAAAAAUAUGUACAUAGUAACCUGGUUUAUUUGUUUACUUAUUAAACUACAAAGUCAGUAGAGAAUUAAAGUGUGCUAAGCUUGAUAA